CUUUCCCAGCAUCAGCUUUUUUACUUCUCAUCUCGCAAGCCGAACCACUCGCCGUCCACCCAUCCACUCCAUUACCACCUCAUCCCAAAAGCAACUUCAGCUUCUCCUCUAUAAUCACAAUGGGUUUCGAACAGGGCGAUGCUAAGAAGGGUGCGAACCUCUUCAAGACCCGAUGCGCUCAGUGCCAUACCCUGAAGGAGGGUGAGGGUAACAAGAUCGGCCCCAACCUGCACGGUCUCUUUGGCCGCAAGUCUGGCCAGGUCGAGGGUUUCUCAUACACCGACGCCAACAAGCAGAAGGGCUGCGAGUGGAACAACGACACCCUGUUCGAGUACCUCGAGAACCCCAAGAAGUACAUUCCCGGUACCAAGAUGGCCUUUGGCGGUCUCAAGAAGCCCAAGGACCGAAACGACCUCAUCACCUUCCUCCAGAACGAGACCAAGUAAACGUCCCGCGGCGUGCACUCGUGUUCUCUUUCGAUUCUUCCUCCGACAUGAUUCCUUGAAUUCUCCAGUCAAAACCCUUUUUGUUCCGACUUGUAGCAUCAGCAGAUAUGAUA